AUGUCCGCCUUCCCCAUCUCUCACGGCUGGGUUCCUCAUCCCAUUUUAUCAUUCUCAUUCCCUCCACUUUUUCUGUCCUCAUUUGCCCCUACCCUUGUGCACUUACAGGAUUACACGUUGACAAUGUACUUCCAGCAGGCCUGGCGAGACAAGCGGUUGUCCUAUUCUGAGAUCCCGUUCAACCUGACCCUAGAUAACCGAGUGGCCGACCAGCUCUGGGUCCCCGACACCUACUUCCUCAACGACAAGAAAUCGUUUGUCCACGGCGUCACUGUGAAAAAUAGAAUGAUCCGACUGCACCCAGACGGCACCGUGUUGUAUGGUCUAAGGAUUACCACUACAGCCGCGUGCAUGAUGGAUCUGAGAAGAUACCCGCUAGAUGAGCAAAACUGCACACUUGAGAUAGAGAGU